GGAGCAAGAGGUGGGAUACACAGGGCAGAGCUUGCUGAUACUCAUGGAGCACAGAGAAGCAGGGCUGCGCCGCCAGGCAGUAAAGAGACACCUGCACAAGCACAAUCUAAAGCACCGCUAUGAGUUCCUGGAGACACUGGGCAAGGGAACUUACGGACGAGUGAAACGGGCCCGGGAUAGUCAGGGCAGAGAGGUGGCCAUCAAAUCAAUACGUAAGGAUCGGAUAAAAGAUGAACAGGAUAUGCUGCACAUCCGAAGGGAGACAGAAAUUAUGAGUUCCCUGUGCCACCCCCAUAUCAUCUCUAUAUACGAAGUGUUUGAGAACAGCAGUAAAAUAGUGAUUGUGAUGGAAUAUGCCAGUCAAGGUGAUCUCUACGACUAUAUCAGUGAAAGGCAGCGACUUAGCGACCAUGAAGCAAGGAGAUUCUUUAGACAGAUUGUGUCGGCUGUGCAGUACUGCCAUGCAAAUGGGAUUGUGCAUCGUGAUCUGAAGCUGGAAAAUAUCCUUCUUGAUGAGAAUAAAAAUGUAAAGAUUGCAGACUUUGGUUUGUCCAAUAUUUACAACUCUGAAAGCUACCUGCAGACAUACUGUGGUAGUCCUUUGUAUGCAUCCCCUGAAAUUGUUAAUGGCAGACCGUACGUUGGACCUGAGGUGGACAGCUGGUCCCUGGGUGUUCUGCUCUACAUCUUGGUUCAUGGCUGCAUGCCAUUUGAUGGGCAAGACUACAAGAAGCUGGUAGCUCAGAUCAGCAGUGGAGCAUACAAGGAGCCUACACACCCUUCUGAUGCCUGUGGACUCAUACGUUGGCUGCUUAUGGUAAACCCAGAGCGCAGAGCUACUCUUGCAGAUGUUGCCUCUCACUGGUGGGUAAAUUGGGGAUACACACAGCCACUAACUGAACCAGAGCAUUUCAAGGACACAGAAUCCCCUCUUGCUAUCGUGGGAGGCUGGCUUCGCAGAUCCUCUCGUCCUCUUUGGGACAAUAAUUCCAAGAUGAGGUGUUUCUUGCGACAGCAUUUGCCAGGAGGAACUAUCACUAGACAGAGGUCCCUCAAACGUUCCAAAAAGGAAAAUAAUAUCAACCAAGGAGCAGUAACACAGACACCACAAGAAAAAAUUCCCUCUGUACCACCAGCUCCCAAAAAGGGGAUCUUGAAGAAGCCUCAACAAAGGGAAUCUGGUUAUUACUCUUCUCCCGAGCACAAUGAGGAUCUGACUCGAGCAGAGAACAUUGAGCUGCCACCAUCCCCCCUGACUCCUUCCCCUCCAGAGAUUCCAACAUGUAAUACUGACAGUGAUAGACAUGAUGAGCCUGCCCCUAAUGGAGGUAGAAAGGGCAUUCUCAAACGAAAUGGUAAGUUUUCCUCUCCUUGGGCAGCUCCUCAUCUAACUUUUGAUGCUUUAGACUGCCCUUUAAAUGAAGAAAAGAUGCAUGGUGGCUUUCUCCCACGGGAUAGGGCAUCCUCUUCUAUUAGUCAAGAAAGCAUUCUAUCCACUGAAUCUUUUGAACUGCUGGAUUUUCCUGGAAAGUAUCGGGAGCGAACCCGGGGCAAGACCCGCCUUAUGCGAAACAGCCUCUCAGCAGAAGACCUUUUGCAGCUGGAUGAGGGGGAUAAGAAGGAUGUAACUCAACUACGGGAUAUGGCAUGUUAUCGGGCCCGUGUUGCCGAAAGUUGCCUUUCACUUGGGGCAGGAGAAGAAGAAGUAAUGCAAGUGUACAGAAGUGCAGUUCUCAUUGGGCAAGAGUUAAGAUGAACAACCAGUGUCACCUCUCUACAGCUGCAAAAGUUGCUUUUUGGUAAAGCUAUAGCAAGAGGGACAAACAAGGCCAAAAAUCUUGUAAGCACUGCCUUGUUAUUAUCUUUUGCAGAGUCAUAGAGUGGAAGGAUAUGUAGUAAGGCUCAUGUCCUUCACUAGAUUUAUGUGUAAACCAGUCUACUGAGUGAUGUGCUUAUGGGAGGUGUUUCUAACCAGCAGAAACACUUGAGAGUGGUAAAGAUGUAGCAUAACUGUGCAGGGUUAUGCAGUAAAGUUUUCAGUCCAAAGCAACCAUUCCUGCAUUGUACAGGACAUAGGAGGUGCUGUUCAGCAUGAUGCUACCUUUAACUAGCCUGAUCAGAGUGCCCCAAACAGUAGCAGAUCCAACUCAGUAGGUAGUCUGCAAAUGUGAGGACUGUCCACUCUUAACAGUCUGUAAUGGAUUAUUAAAAUAUACUAAGAACACAAUUUGCACUUUUUGUAACAUGACUUUAUGUAUUACUUUGGAUUGAUUACUAUUUUAGUGAGGAAAUAUAACCUUCCUUGUAUUUUUGUUUUAAAUAGAAUGAAAUACGAGGAAUAAAAAGUACAUGUAUCAGUGGAGGCAUUCAUUAUAGUUCCUUAACAGGAUAACCUUAUCUUGAAGAUGAUAUAUUUAAAACUAAAAGAAUGCUUCUAUGUAAGAUACCAGUAUGGUGGUUCCCACUCUAUCUAGAAAAAGAAGGAAUGUUCUGUGUACACAUUAAUAUGUGUGCUCUUUUUAGUAUUUUUAAAAAAAUCAUAGAAACAUCCUUUAGUUGUAAAAAGAGUGCAUGAUACAUGUAAGAGCUUAAGCUUAAUUUGGCCAAAAUAAUAUAUCUAUACAAAUAUAUGGGAAACCCACUGAAAGAUUAUAUCUGCUAAUUUUCCCCAUUCACAGUCAUUUCAUUGAUUUUAUUUUUUAACUACAGUAGUGUUGACAUUAUGCAUGUGACAUUAUAAAAAGCAGCAAUGCUCAACCUGUACCCCAUGAUUAGUAGGAUAUUGCCUGGCAUAGCUAAACAACUGGAAUGUUGCAAAAUAGAGUUUCCUUAUAUCAGGGAGCCAAGAAAUGCUGUGAAAAAGGAGAGAUACAUGAAAAAAUAAAACCAAGAUCUGUAUCUUUUUGUGUCACUUGCAUUUGUACCUGAGCAGCUGCAGUAUUACCAUGUGGUGAUAUUGACAAAGUGACUGAAGUACAAGUAUUUAUUACUUACACAAGUGACCUGUGUUUAAAAUAUUACAUUUGCACUACUACUUUUGCAAAUGGAAUGGUGCAAAAGUGUAUGUAUGUGUAUUGUAUACACAAUCUCCUGAUAUUAAUUGCACAUUGUUAUUAGACUUUUUUAAGGGAAUCAACUUUUAUUGUCAGUCAGGAAUGAAAUUGAUUAGAAAGAGUGAGAGAUGCUCUUCUUUUAGAAUUCUUUAUUUAAAUAUUUAUUUGUUUUUUUUUUAAUUAGAAACAUGUUUCCAUCACGUUCCAUGUUCCUAAAACACAUCUUUGUUGGGUAGAUUCAGGUAUUUUUAUUUACAUAUAUUUUAUGUUGAGCAAGUUCAUCAAAUUGUGAACUUUAUCGUAGUUAGUGGAUGCAGUAUGUUCCCGCUGCCCAAUACCUAAAUUACAAGUUUCCUUUUAUAGUGGGGGGGGGGGAUACAGCUUAUAAAAUGUGACAUUUUGUAUCCUGAUGCUAAACUAUGGUCCAUGCAUUUUCAGCAGAUUAAAACAAUGGUUUGAAAACUGGAA